GAGUCAAGUCGCCGUAUCUCUCUGGUCAUAAUCACGGAGAAGCGCCCCGCAAGAUUUCCCCGAUCUCUUCCGUUCAGCGAUUUCUCACGUUUAUCGUAGCAUUCAAUUCUCGACUCUGAUGCGAUUAGCGUGUUGAUCCGCCUGAGAAUUGAUUGUUUAUGACUUUGAACGAGUAGCCGGAUCUGCGGCGACGAAGUAUUAUAGACUGAGGAUUGUUUGUUCAGGUUUUUGAUCUGCGGGAGAGAAGAUGAACGACAAUUUGAUGGAGAAAGUCAACGCUCUGGGGGAGCGAUUGAAGAUCGGAGGGUCAGAAGUGAGCCAGAAAAUCAGUGCUGGAGUGAGCUCAAUGAGCUUCAAGAUGAAGGAGUUCUUCCAGGGCCCAAACCAGGCCGAUAAGCUCGUGGAGGAUGCAACUGCCGAGACUCUAGAUGAGCCCAGUUGGGCCACGAAUCUGGAACUGUGCGACAUGAUAAAUCUGGACAAGGUCAAUAGUGUUGAGGUCAUACGGGGCAUAAAGAAGCGGAUCCUGUUGAAAAUCCCUAGGAUUCAGUACCUGGCUUUGGUGUUGCUUGAAACCAUAGCUAAAAACUGUGAGAAGGCGUUUUCCGAGAUCGCAGCUGAGAGGGUGCUAGAUGAGAUGGUGAAGCUGAUUGACGAUCCUCAGACUGUAGUAAACAAUCGGAACAAGGCUCUCACCAUGAUUGAAGCUUGGGGCGAAUCCUCGAGUGAGCUUCGGUAUUUGCCUGUUUAUGAAGAAACUUAUAAGAGUUUGAAAUCAAGAGGUGUACGCUUCCCUGGUCGUGAUAAUGAGAGCCUAGCCCCUAUAUUCACUCCUGCAAGAUCUGUUGCCACGUCAGAAACAAAUGCCACUCUUGCACAACAAUUGCACAAUGAUAUUCCACCACCAGUGGCAUUGUCAGCUGAACAAAUCAAGGAAGCGCUUGACGUAGCAAGAAAUAGUAUAGAGCUUCUUACCACUGUUUUGUCCUCUUCACCUCAGCAAGAUGUUUUGCAGGAUGAGUUGACAACCACGCUGGUACAACAGUGCCUCCGAUCCCAGAGCACUGUUCAAAGAAUCAUCGAGACCGCGGGCGAUAAUGAUGCCCUGCUAUUUGAAGCCUUGAAUGUGAACGACGAGCUGGUGAAAACCAUUUCAAUGUAUGAAGACAUGAAAAAACCCGCAGUGGUUCCUUCAGCUCCAGAACCGGCUAUGAUACCCGUCGCAUCAGAUGAGCCAGAUGACUCCUCCCCUCAUGCAGGAAGGGAAAAUGAUUUGAUCCGAAAGCCUUCGGGCCCACGCUCUGGAGCUCUUCAUGGUGGGGCCAAUGAUGACAUGAUGGACGACCUCGAUGAAAUGAUCUUCGGUAAAAAGGCAGGGGGUGGCGGCGACUCGUCUGGGUCCAGAUCGGACACGAAGCAACCGCCGAAUGAUCUCAUUUCCUUUUGAAUUUCCACCGUGGCACUAGGUCAUUUUCACUCACUCUUUUGUCUCGAACAUUUAAACUACUGCUAUUUCAACUUGAAUUGCCUGAAUGAUACUUGAACGAUGAUAUAUAUUGAUAUGUACAAAAUGUACAUUUACUUGCCAUGUGUGAGAUGACUUCUCCAUCGGCAUUUCACCCUCUAUUACUAUGUACUCCCUCCGUUCCUGAGUGUUUG